GCCAUGACGACCUCGUCUCCCUCUCAGGUGCGACACAACUACCACCAGGACUCGGAGGCCGCCAUCAACCAGCAGAUCAACCUGGAGCUCUACGCCUCCUACGUCUACCUGUCCAUGUCUUACUACUUCGACCGAGAUGAUGUGGCAUUGAAGAACUUUGCCAAAUAUUUCCUACACCAAUCCCACGAGGAGAGGGAGCAUGCUGAGAAGCUGAUGAAACUGCAAAAUCAGCGAGGCGGUUGGAUCUUCCUACAAGUCAUCAAGACACCAGACCGAGAUGACUGGGAGAGUGGGCUGAAUGCAAUGGAGUGUGCUCUGCACUUGGAAAAAAAUGUCAAUCAGUCUUUACUGGAAUUGCACAAGCUGGCAACUGACAAGAACGACCCCCAUUUAUGUGAUUUCAUCGAAACCCACUACCUGGACGAACAGGUAAAGUCCAUCAAACAACUGGGUGAUCACGUAACCAACCUGAGCAAAAUGGGGGUCCCAAAUUCUGGCAUGGCAGAAUACCUUUUUGACAUGCACACCCUUGGAGACAGUGACAGCGACAGCUAA